AUGAUGUACGUUGUGUAACAUCGCAUUACACUAGCUACCACUAGUUCGCUUAAGACUCAGAAGCAACGUCAAGUAGAGAGCAUCAACGACUGUAAGUUGUAGAUAACUUGAUUGCGAUGUUAGCGCUUGGCGCUCAGGACUACAUCCAUCGUUAGGGUCGCUCCUACUCAUUAAGCAGUUGGAUUUGGCACUGUGCAAAGGUCCUGGAUGGACUAUUUCUCCAAGUUCCUGCGGUCUGGCCCUCAAUCCCCCCAAAAGGUUGAGGUCGAUCAUGCCCUGGAGUUUCAUAAGUCCUGGGUUCUCGUUAAAAACACGCUACUGCAUCCAGAUGAGCGACAACUAACGCGAGGGAUCAAAGCCACCGAUGUGCCGGCUCAUCUACAAUCCAUGGUAGAUGCCCUGGUCUGGGAAUCCACCAGAACAGAAGAAGGUGGGACCGGUGCUUGUCUCGAAUACCUCUUGAAGAAUGAUGUCCUGGGCACCUUGGUGAAGCUCAGUGAGGCCGACCGUCCUGCGGGCAUCCAAGCUGAAGUAUUGCGCGCCGUGCAAAACAUGGUCGUCCUGCUCGAUGAGCAAUUCCUAGUUCAUUCUGCUGUCCACAAAGCUGUCCUCAGGUUACUUCGCAACUGUGUAGGUGAUGAUAUCCAAGAGCAGCUAGAUGGUCGCAAUAGAAAGAUGGGUGCUGCAGGGAAUGCCGUGAGGAGCCAACCAUCUGAAUAUGAGGAGGACCUUGUCAACCUUCUAUGCAUUCUCUGCAGUCGCAUACGUAACUAUCGCGAAUUGCUCAUGAUAUUCUUCCACGAUAAGCAGUGGUACCGACCCGAACCUCUUUUCUCGGUGGAAGAAGAGGACGAGGAGGAAGAUGAAGAAGAGGCAGAAGCAGGUAAACCUGAUGAUGCAUCCCCAGAAGAACAGUCAACCUCCGCCGACGAGUCAAAGGCACGACCAUCAUCUCCAAGCCCCUCACAGGAGACAAUCACCUCUGCUCCGUCCUCUGCUCCCCAGUCUUCAGUCACUACGAAGAAGCCUGAAUACGAGUUCCUCCUGUUCAACUAUUUGCUGCGUUUCGUUCACCGUGAAGGCCAAAUCGGCGACUUUGCACGUGCAGGCCUACUUUUCCUUAUGGAUGUUGCCAUGUCUCCAGGCGAAUCGAUGCACAAGCCUUCAGGUGGCGAGGACUCGCUUAAUUCCUCAACUUCUACAUCUUCUAGCACAGAUAGUGACCCGAAUGUGGAUGCUGCUCUCGCCUUGGCAGAGUAUAUUCUUGAUGGCGAUUUUUCAGAAGUGCUUGCCGCUGGACUGGCAGCUGUAUAUUCCCUCCUUCCCUCCAAACUGGAGAUCAAACCUCCUAGUCAAACUGAGACUGCAUCCAGUACCACCAUGGUUCUGGGAGGUACGACAGCCACGCUGUCCGAGACUGAAAAGGAAGCCGAUGAAGCCGAGUUGGAUAAGAAACGGUCGAUUGGUCUUGAGGAUUCAUCAAGUCCUAGCUUCAAAUAUCGUUUAGACCAUUUUCUCAAACUACUCGAGUUUUUGCAAGAUGUCUUAAAACGAAAUAUCUUGCCAGAAACGGCGGAUGCCAACUUCGACGCUUCAGCUCUUGUCGGUUCAGCAAUCGUCCAAUCCAUCCUAGACGCAGUGCGUCGGGUGUUCUUGGAAAACGUCUUCUAUCCAUCUGUAUUGGAAUGUUCGGAUUCGGACGGUAGUGCUGUUGCGGUCAUGGCCUACAUUGAGAUCAUGAUGCGUACGCUGGGAUAUGGUCAGCUAGGAGACCUCCUCGUUGAUUUCCUCAUGAGCGAGGAUAACACGGAGGAUUUCACACGCUCACGCAUGCGACCACAUUCCUUGCUCAACCUGAGCUCAAACGGACCACCAGUUUCUAGGUCAUCAGCACCAGUAGACCGCGCGACGAAGCAAAAGAGGAGGAAAAGCGCUGCCAUGGCUCUGCUUGAGUUGGAAGCACCGGAGACGCGUCGACAUACGGAGUACUUCACGUCAAUGGGUCGUUUCACGCUCAAAGAUUUAUUGUUAAGCAGCCUUCGAUCAUCAUCUCAGCCCACAGUGACAGCGGCACUACAGCUACUAGAGUCAAUGCUACAGCAGUACUGUAAGGUUUGUUCGGACAAGCUGAUGAUCGUCAUACCCGACCCACAAGCAACCAGCUUCCCUCAGCCAGCCGCUCUUCCUGCUCUCUCCGAAUCCAAUCCUGCCAUUCAUGACGAUGAUGAUGACGACGACGACGAAACGUUCAUAUACCCCGGCGCAGAGGAUACCUCGAUACCCAACAAGGAAACUACAUACAUCGCCUUUGCUCAACCUGAUACUACUUACUGGACACAUGAACGCGAGAUGGGGUUAUAUCUGACCUUGGUCUCGCGUGUCGAUCCCGCUCACAACGAAGAUGCUUUCAGUACCGGAUAUGAUCAUUAUCUGCGUGAUGCUCUGGUUAGCAUCCAAACUCACGCUUGCUUCCAAUGGGAUGUGGAUCUGGAUACACGGGCAAAAUCCAAGCAUCGUUUAAAUGCUAAUGACGCUGUUCUGUCUUUGGUUCUCGAGUCCCUCCGGAGGUUCUUCUCGAACACGCCAGAGAUGAACAUGGCGUUGACUGGUGCUUUGGCAACAUUGGCGAUAUGCCCAGACCGGAGUCUCGCCGGUUGGCUCACUUUUUCAUCGAAGGAGAAAGACGACCAAUCGCCUGUACGGAGUUUGGCUGAGGAUGUUCAAGAUGGUAGAGACGAUGGAGACGAUCGGUCUAUUGACUUUGCCAUUGAUGAGAAACUUGCUAUGGACCAUUCGCUACCUGCUUCAAGGCUGGACGAACAAACGAGACCAGUUGUGCACUCUAUCUUCCACGGCCUUGUCUCCCAACUCGAACGAUACAGGCAAAUGGUUGAUAAUUUCGACCAAUAUCUCCUGGAACGUCGACAAGGUCUUUUGUUCUCGGAGAACCUGACCGAUGCGCUCACCCUUGCGCUGGACGUCGAUGGCCCCGCCACUCCUAGAGCAACUACAGUCACCUCACCUACGACUUCAGAACCAUCAACGCCGAAACCGAAACCAAAAGCCAAGUCAUCGUCUUUUGUAUCUUUCCUCACGCCCAAGAAAUCCAAACCCAAACCCACAACGCCUUCCGAGCCCCAGACACCUUCAGGCCCUCGUAGGACUGUUGACGCGAGUCCUUUCGGACCUCACUACCAGAAGACGAGUUCCAUUGUUGUUGAGCCCUUCCUGGCUCCGGCACCUAGUUCAGGACCUUGGACGCCUGCCAAGUCAUCUUCGGUGAAAUGGAACACAGAUGAAGAGGAUGUUUUUACGAGUUCUUCACAGUGGGGUAGUGGGGCGAACGAGGAGUCGCACGAUGAUGAGGAUGAAGCGGAGGCACGGGAGAGUAAUCAGGUCAAGACUGUGACUUUAUCGAGAUUGUUGGAUAACGUCGUGAUCCUGGAGGAGUCGAUAAAGGAGUUGGUGGCUAUUAUUCAUGCUAGACGGAGUUUGGGUAUUGAUUCUGUUCGAUAUUUGUAACAUCUUUAUUGGUUUGCCGGACAAAGUACAUAGAUACUAUGCAGCUAUACUUGUACAACUCAUCACAAACAACGAUGGACCCAAGCAAGAUGGAGAAAAGAAAAGAAAGGACAAUAAAUAUACAGGAGGCCUAGCAAGCAUUGAACUGAGGUCACCGCCCCUUCUUCGCUCUUGUACUUCGCUUGGAUUUAGAAGCAGAUGCAUUUUCAUCUUGUUUCUUCGCGUUCGCUUUGUCUCCGAAAAGUUUCUUUUGCAACGACUCGAAUUCCUUGUCGUCAAUAUCAGGAGGUGGUGGCACAUUUUUUCUGGACUUCUUCUUUGGAGAUCCCAUCUCAGCUUCUUCCUCCUCUUCGUCGGCUUUGACUCGCUUCUUCUCCUUCUUUCCCCUAGCCUUACUGCUCUCCUCUUCUCGAGUGUACUUCUCCGCAAGACUGUCGAAGAAGUUGUCUGUGGUCUUUCGUUUCUUGAGAAUCAGGGCAUGAAGGGCAGAAUAGUCCUCUUCCUCGUCCGCGGGAGCGUCAUCCUUGGCUUUACCCUUCCCUUUGCCCUUCCCCUUCUUCGAGGAAGGUUUUCCACUUCCGAAGAACUCGUCCCAGACACCUAACUCCUUCGCCAUCUCUUCUGCCUCUUUGGCCUCCUUCUCACCCUGUUUCUUUCGUACGAGUCUAGACUUCUCAUCCUUCACGCUUGCAUCCCAUGUCUUGAAUGAAGGAAGUUCCUUCUUACGUAUGAGGUCGGAGAUGAUGACAAUGAAACGCGCCUCGUCAUCAUAGGUGGAAUGUGGAAUGUGUUGCAUGAUGAUAUCUAUAGCGCCUUCUGCUUCGAGAUAGGCAGCUUUGAGGUCCUGGACCUCUUCAUCUGAGC